AAAGCUUUCAGUCAAGGAUCGAUUGGCAACUUUUUCUACGUCAACUUCAUGAUAAGUGAAUUUUCCUACCUGAAUAUCUCCAGUAUUGGGCGGAAUCUUAUUCAAGAAGAAAACGAUUGUGGCUACGCCUGUUUAGAAAUUCCUUCAUGUUUUUCCUACAAUGUGGCUGCCUUCCCUGAUGUCAACGGCAAACUUCUGUGCGAACUCCUGCCAUCGGACAAGUUUAACAACUCGGACAAGUUCAACGCCAGCAAAGAGUUUCAUCACUUUUAUAUUCCGGUAAGUCAAACUUCUAAUUCAUCAAAAAUGUUCCUUCUCGGGAAAAUAAAAAGUUUCUUCUUGUUUGUUUGUCUGAUUAUUUUCUUUUGACUCUCGCUAGUCUCGAAAGUUAGCAUUUGUAAAUGAAAAUGUAUCUCUUCGCUUGGAAAAUAUUGAAUGCAGUGGAUUACGUUGUGCUUCAAAUGCAAAGGAAUUGGCUAAUGAGUUUGGAUAAAAAAAAACCCUUAUAAAAGUUUUACAACUAAGUUAAACCUUUCAACUCUUAAUUUAAACAUCUGCUGAUGCCUAAACAUACUUGAUGAAAUCGAUAUAUUUAUGUUCGAAUGUCCUAAACGUUAGUGAGGGGGAAGUUGCUGACAAAGGUCUCGACUGAAAUAUUUUCCGACAAAAAGCGUUUAGCUUAUUAUUUGUUUGCAUACUUGGCUUGCCUUAAAAGUUACAGAAACGUUUUAAUACUCCUAUUUUAGGCUAAUCUUUUGCCAGCUAGACUAUAUCAGCACAACGCCUUGAAAUUCGGUAGCAUCUCUGCAAAUUUCUGGGUAAAUGAAACAGCGUUGACUUUCAAAACCUCACUAAAAACUCAACUGAGCAAAUCCAGCGGGGAGUGCAAGAGAUAAAAAUGUAUAUUGCUUGCCGUCCUUAAUUAUAUCGAUGUCAUUUAAGCAUCGACAUGUAUGUCAAAUUCGUUGCUUUUUGAAUCCAUGAAACAAAGCGAAAGGGAAACAAAAAAAUUAAACCCAACUUUUGUAGGUUUACAGUAAGCUGAAUUUAAUCCACAGUUCGGCUCGUUGAAGUAGUUAUAACAUCAUAUAGUGAAGACAAGAGGCCCCGAAACUUUCUCUCUUUCUAGUGCUUUUCUUGUUCUGUUUGGACAUUACUAUGGCAACACAAAGUACCUAACCUGUUAACCUAUGGGAACAAGCAACUGAGGGAAUUCGUAUCCAUUAAACGUUCCUGGCAAUAAAUUGCCUUGUCGAAACAAUUUUUAUUGUAUCGAGGUCUUCGUUCUUUUUCACAAAAGCGAGCUACUUUGAUCCUCAUGUUUGGCUGAUUCAAUGGGAUAUUGCCAUAGCAACGCACAUUUAAAGAUAGGACUGCCACCUGUAACUGAUGAACCUUUCGUGUUUUGUUAUUAUGAAAAAAGCAGCUUUUGUUAUUGUGUCACAAGAAAUACAUGUUACUAGCGGUAGAAGUGCUACACUAUGAAAAAGCAAGCAUCAAAUUUUCUAAAAAACGGAGACAAUAAUUAAGGGACUUAUCAAAGCCUGCUUUACGUUUGUUAGAGCAGCGCAAAAUUCCCGUUACUUGAUCUCAUUUUAUUAUGUCCAAUUUUCUUUUUACCUUUUUUUUCUUCGUCCUUAUUUCGAGAAACACCUCGAUUUUUGUAGCCUGUUAUAUAGGUUCCGAGAUAGUAGUGCAGCGGGAGCAGGGACAGAGGGGACCAUUUUUUUUCCACCGCUAUCCCCUUUCCUAGAUCGCGUGCGUCUUAUUUUUAAAUAGGUUUGGUCCUUUUAUCUUACCGAGACGUCCCUACUCUGAGAUCCUACUCAGUAUAUCCGUAAGUUCAACAUGGAUGAUUGAAAACAAGCUUAAAAUUUCGAAUUAAUUAGGUUUGCACAAAAUCUAGUUAUUAGUAGAUUUCUUGAUGAGUUAGUACACAACUUACAAUUUGUUACCCCCACUUUUUAAAACAACUUAACCAAAUUUUAACAGUAUUUAAUUUUUUUUUAAGAAAAUAAGACAAAAAGUAAGCAUGUUCAACAGUUAAGCACUCGUACUUUUUGUUCACUUAUUAUUGGCUGCAUAUCUCCUCCUGAUAAAAAUGUUAACAUUCUUUCAUUUAGUACUUCUAAAGAAACUGUGUUCAGCCUCCUUAAAAGCACACUGAAAGUCAGGACGAAAGAAUUGUGCCCGAAAAAGGCGUUUUAAUUCUUACUGCAAGAAAAUGCAAUUUAAUUGGACAAAUAAAUUUACAAAGUAUAUUAGAAAUAUAAGAUGGAAUUUCAUUAGAAUUCAUAGAAAAAUGGAGAAAAAAAUGAAUUUAAAAGGUAUCCUGACCAGAUACGAAAGAAGCCAAGCAGUGGCUCUUAAUGCCAUCGUCAGGCUACUCGCCGAUAUAAUUAUAUCUGCAGCCUGUUCAUCCUACAAAAGCUGAGUCAGAAGAAUGCAUUGACCAGAAGCAACUAGCUGAGAAUACAGGCUGUGAACUCACUCACUGCGGCAAUUAACGCAGGCAUUAGAUAUAGCUUCUGUUUUCGUUCAGCAAAACCAGCCGGCGGCUCCCUGAAAUAAUUUGAUGAACAAGCGAGUUAAAUUUAUAUAAUUACACCAGCUUAUUGCAUGAUUUUAGUUUGUAACUGCGCUAAAAUGAAAUUCAAAUUUCAAAUUAUCUGCAAUCAUCAUAGGUGCCGAGAAAGGAGAAUCCUGAUGAUUUUUGAAAGUGUUCACCGCUAAGAUGUUUUAUUUAGUUAUGUAUUUAUUUUUCAUUCAGUCAUUCCGUUCGCUUAGACACAGAUAUGACUAAUGACAGCAGUUUGCUAGCCUGAAAAGUGGAAGUGCCUUGUGUUUUCUCACUUGUAGUAACAAAAUAAAGUCCGGAAGAUUCAUCGAUAUUUUGUGGGCAUUUUUACUAAAUAAAACAAUUAUUCAACUCGCACUUGUUCCAUGGAGAUAAUAUAGCCAACCCAUACCCAACAACUCGCAGGUGGAAUAAUUGUGUUACUUAAUGCUACAUGUAACUAAAACUUGGGGCUCAAGUUGGUCGACGAAACUCAAAAGCUGAAUUUGCCGUAAAUUCAGCAUACGUCUAAUAUGGAUAAAUGAUAUGCGUCACGUUACUGGAUUAUGUUUUGACUUUGUCAUGAAAUGGUCUUUACUUACAGCAGUAUCCUUUCCUUUGUGUAGUCUCCUUGUGACAGUUCUCCCUGUAAGAACACAGGAAAAUGCAUUUCGCUGUACCAGGAAAAUGGAUAUAAGUGUAUCUGCGUGGAAGGAUUCACCGGGAAAGACUGCGAAACGAGUAAGGAAUACUGAGUUGAAACAAUGUUGCCACUAACUAUAAUACAAUCACAGGUGACACAGUUUUAACGUACUUUGCAAGUGGGAACGGUAAUCAGCAUCAAGCUGAUGUUAGGUAUUAUAUUAUUGACUUUUACUUCUCUGAGCUCACUACAAUAAAAAAAUAUCUAACUGAGAAGAUUUAAAAACUACCUUAAAAGAAAAGUCGACCAAUAAGUAUCACGCUGAACUUUUACUUUUCCUUAUAGUUGCCCAACCACAAAUUUCAAUUUCUCCGCUUGAUCGAUAAAGUGACUUAUUUAUAGACACGUUUCUCCAUCAACCUCUAGAACAACAUUUACAUUUACUAGCUGUGUUUUGACUCUUGCUGAAGUCUAAUGUAGCUUAGCUGAAAGGUACAAAUAAUUUUUUAUUUUUAUUUUAUAUCUUUCAUCUUCUCUCCUGCAGAUAUAAAUGACUGUGUCAAUAUUACUUGUUUGAACAACGGAACUUGCAUCGACCUAAUCAAUGGCUUCAACUGCAGUUGCCCUCCAGGAUUUGCCGGCAACCGAUGCGAAAUUGGUUAGAUACGUGUUGCUGCUAUUUGCAUUGCAUUUCCGCCAAAACGCAACAUGCUGUGUAUCCGUUUAAACACCCAAUGUUGGACGCUGUUGAAUGCGGAUGGCUGAUAAAUAUGGCUCAAUUUUAAAUCCUACAUGUGAAUGAUGUUAUACCAACAUAAGUUUUUUCUCGGGCGGCUCUAGGGUCCACCGGAUAUAUGUUUUGCAAUUUUAUUGACCUCGAAUUCCUCUUGGUCCAUGAAAAUGCCGAAAAAAAACUUGGCCAAUAAUAUUAACGUAUUUAUCUUGGCUGAACAACUUUUUUCCUUUAGAUAUAAACGAAUGUGAGAACAGUCCUUGUUUUAACAACGGAACAUGCACUGACCGAAGCAACGGAUUCAACUGCAGUUGUCCACCAGGAUUUUCGGGCAAUCGAUGUGAAAUUGGUGAGCUGUGUUUAGCUGUUAUUUUUAUUGUUUAUCAGCUUGAAAAUCUAUACACUAACUGACGGUGUUGGUCUUGCAUGUUCAUUUAAUGUUGUGUUUUUGAAGAAGAGAUCUAUUAGCAUUUAUAUACACGUUUCUCCAUCAACCUCUAGAACAACAUUUACAUUUACUAGCUGUGUUUUGACUCUUGCUGAAGUCUAAUGUAGCUUAGCUGAAAGGUACAAAUAAUUUUUUUUUUUAAUUUAAUAUCUUUCAUCUUCUCUCCUGCAGAUAUAAAUGACUGUGUCAAUAUUACUUGUUUGAACAACGGAACUUGCAUCGACCUAAUCAAUGGCUUCAACUGCAGUUGCCCUCCAGGAUUUGCCGGCAACCGAUGCGAAAUUGGUUAGAUACGUGUUGCUGCUAUUUGCAUUGCAUUUCCGCCAAAACGCAACAUGCUGUGUAUCCGUUUAAACACCCAAUGUUGGACGCUGUUGAAUGCGGAUGGCUGAUAAAUAUGGCUCAAUUUUAAAUCCUACAUGUGAAUGAUGUUAUACCAACAUAAGUUUUUUCUCGGGCGGCUCUAGGGUCCACCGGAUAUAUGUUUUGCAAUUUUAUUGACCUCGAAUUCCUCUUGGUCCAUGAAAAUGUCGAAAAAAAACUUGGCCAAUAAUAUUAACGUAUUUAUCUUGGCUGAACAACUUUUUUCCUUUAGAUAUAAACGAAUGUGAGAACAGUCCUUGUUUUAACAACGGAACAUGCACUGACCGAAGCAACGGAUUCAACUGCAGUUGUCCACCAGGAUUUUCGGGCAAUCGAUGUGAAAUUGGUGAGCUGUGUUUAGCUGUUAUUUUUAUUGUUUAUCAGCUUGAAAAUCUAUACACUAACUGACGGUGUUGGUCUUGCAUGUUCAUUUAAUGUUGUGUUUUUGAAGAGGAGAUCUAUUAGCAUUUAUAUUUUUCUUCCCCAACUUCCAAUUCGUUGAGGUUUAUACAGCUAGUAAAGAACCCUCCGUAUAUAAAAGUGGGUUUUUGUUUCUUUUUUUGUUGCAAUUUAUCUGUGAUUAUUGUUUUCUUUAGAUACAAACGAGUGUGAGAGCAGACCCUGUUUAAACAACGGAACUUGCACUGACCGAAUCAAUGCAUUCAACUGCAGUUGCCCGCCUGGAUUUUCUGGCAAUCGAUGUGAAAUUGGUUAGUAUAGUUACCCUAUAAUGACCUCGUAAGGUUAAGACGUGAUCAAGUGUGAACGCCCAUCCCUCACUUCAGAAACUUCAAAGAAAAUGGGUACAACCUUUGGGAUCAGUGAUUUCUGGGAUCGUUUGGGUGGGCAAGAGUUAUAUAUGAUUGGUCGAUGGUAUUCAAGGCAACCAUUAACCAAUCAUAAACAACGCUUGUCCACCAAACGAUCCCAGAAAUCGUUAGACCAAGAGCUGGUAGCCAUUGCCCUUAUAGUUUCUGUUAUAGGAAAUUACAUCAGUGUGAAAGCAGCCCAUAAUUGUCUCACGCAAGGUGAAAUUUACGUAAAGCCCAGUGCAAAUGGACGCAGCAUUGUUGGAUGUUACAUGUUAAAAUAGCGUCCGUUUGCACACCCUGUUGUAUGUCGUUGCGUGUGGUUGGGAGUCAUUGCACAAAGUUUGAAACCGGUCAAACUAUAUGCCCCGUGCAAACAGACGCAAUAUUGCUGGCCAGCUCCUCCCAACAUUGUUGGGAGUUGUUGCGUCCAUUUGCAGGUAGCUGUUUGAACAACGGAAAUUGCACUGACCGAAUCAAUCCAUUCAACUGCAGCUGCCCUCCAGGAUUUUCCGGGAAUCGAUGUGAAAUUGGUCAGAGCAUCAGUUUUAGCUAGCUACAAUUUUGCAAUUUCUUAACCUUAAUUAUAGAAGGACGUCCUAAUUUUGACGCGUGCUUUGAUAUCAUUCUCUUACAGACAUUGUUUUGUGUUUAAACCUUUAUUCAGCGAUUUAUUAGUUCGUACCCUGGUUGGCAGGUUACCCCUCUGUCAAACUCCUCCAGUGUUAUCUUCUAGUACAUCUUCCAAACAGCUAUUUCCUUAUAGAGGAUCUAGCCUGAUUUCAUUUGUAUUGCCAAAGAUUACCAGUGUGAUUGACUAAAUGUUUAUCGGCGACGUCAAGUGCAUUCAUUAUUCUGGAUUGUAGUUUCUUCUGCAAGCUAGUGCUUAUCUUAAAAGUUUUCAACUCAAAAUUAUGUACCUCGUCCUCCUUUUGAGUUAGCUUGAUGGACGUCCUUUUGUCGCCUGCACAUCCUUUCGAAGAAACUUAUCCCUGAAAAAUCGCCACACGUCUUCCCGUAUGUUUCGUGCACGCAGAUGGCUUGAGAAUGUCCCCAGCAAAUUUACACGACUGUGCAACCAAUCAGUUCCAUUUUUCUCUUCCACCCUUAGAUGUUAUCUCAACUGUGGUAACACAGUUUCUUUCGCCUUCGAUUGGGAAUGACAGCAACUGGGCGCUGUGUUGGCAGGCCUCCACUCAUGGCUGGGCUGGCACUACUUUCCACAGCAGAUGUGAUGGGAAAAGCCACACAAUUACGGUCAUCAGAAAAGACCCGUAUGUGUUUGGCGGAUACACCGAUAUUCCUUGGCGUAAGUAACUUUUUCGCGCGGGGGAAAAGCAAUAAAAGGGGCGAAGUCCUCAAAAUUAAAAUUACACCCCUAAAGAAACCAAACUGCUGUGGCUUAGGCGCUAUUUGACUUAAAAUAAAACCAGCAACCAAUUCCAGAACCCAUCAAGAGCUCUAAUGGUAUGAAUCGCCUUGUGCGAAAUAUAUUAAAAUUGAAUGAAUUAUUCGACACAAAAAGGCGGCCAGUUUAGUUGUCCUUUACACAGUUAAGGCUGCUCGCAGUCCCUCAUUUCUGUUUAAUAUCAGUAGAGUUUUUAUAACUGCGAGCUCAAUAGACAAAAAUGGCUCGUUUUUAUGACGCUUUUUUUCUUCCGGAUCGGGUAUAUGUGUUAGCGCCACCUUUGCCGAACAAGUAAAGAAAGAGGUACUCGCAGUCUAGUUUUCUUUUGAUAUUUUUUUACCCGCUGUUCUAAGCGAUAACUGUAUGGAUAAAAAUAUUAUAGGUUCUCCGUCCUGGACACGCUAUAAUGCGACCAAAAUCUGCAAUUUGCAAUUCUUAGCGAGACGAGAUGCAUCCUCUCUCCUGGUCGUUAUGUUUGCAUUUUUGUUUUGUUUGUUUUUGUUUGUUUGUUUGUUAUUGUUUUUUUUCUUUUUAGCCCUUUUGUGUUAAUUGAUUAAAAAAAAAGAAUUUGCAAAAAAAAAAAAAAAGUUACAAAAGAUUUUAACGUUUAUUCCACUCUUUGCAUGAAUUUUUAAAGAGUCAUCGGUUAACAGUUAACAACACCCUUUGAAGGAAUCUGGAUCGAAUUAACUUUAGCGGAGACUUCUGGAACUGUUACUAGGGAUAGUAUCGAUCCCAGAAACAAUUGCGGGACGCAUUUCGUCUCUAGUUCCCUUCUUGUUUCUAAUGUGGCGAAAUUAAGUUUGCUAAGCAAAAUUUUUCACUGCGGGUUCACAGCGUCCACGUAUAACUGUUCCAUUGGCGUAGCUUGUAAACCGAUGAGGAGAUAGCCGGUGGUAAUAUAAUUAACAAAACCUGGCUUUCGGAUCAUGUUUACCCGCAAAGUCAACAAAACAAUAAGACGUCAAACGUACAGCUAAACCGCAGAUAGAAUGAUAUAGGAGGUGGUUGGAGGGGCAAAUCCGGGGAAUAGUCCCUUAUAUGGCCUACUGUUGGUUUUCACAUGAUGUCACUAAAAUUCCAACUACGAAACUAUCGAUAGAACCGAUAUGUUACUUUCACGACGUAUCAGAGCAGCUGAAAACUAAUUUUCAUACGAAUUUUGGCUUCAAAAGGGAUCUUGGUUUUGUGAUAGAUUACACUUGAAUUUCUAAGCUUAUGGGUGACGCGGCAUUUACAUGACGGCCAAGAGAGCUGUCAUGUAGGUUAAAGAAAUUACUUCUUUCAGGGAAAGCGUUCUACUUCAAUGUUUAUGAGUUCCUCGAAGAAUAAAUUCACGCUUUAGCAGCAAAACUCGGUAACAUAUGUUUCUGCUGGUUUCCUUACGCCAUGUUGGUGCUCAUCCGGGUGGGCACCAGCAUGACGUCUCCAUACAAAUCUCUAUUAAUUUUGUGAAAACAUUUCUUCGGAUAUCUCGUAUACGAAAUAUUCCUCUGACCUGAAUCUUGGCGAUAGUCUUUGCAUAUUUACCUCCUUUCAUUUUCCAGAUUCUGGACUUUAUCUAUUAAACAGUUUUAAUUUUUAUUUUGACUUAUUUUGAAUGGCGUGACACUGGAAACCAGCAAUACGAGGAUGUGCUGCUGGACAGGGUAUGGUUUUCAUCCUCUCUGUCCUCUACAUUGUAUAUAAUUUAGCUUAAAAUUGAAGGCAAGACUGAUCAGACAGAUAAGGUUUGCAAGUUUAUUUGCCCAAUAUUUUGAGUAGACAAAACUAGUCUUGAUCGGCGGCUAGAAAAGCUAGACCCUGAUGAAGAUUAUAGUUUUGUCUAGUCGAAAUAUUAGGCAAAUAAAUGUGUUAACCCUAGCUUUCGGAUCAGUCUUGCCUUCAAUUUUAAGUGUUAUUUUACAUUGCUGAUCCGUAUCUACGACAAGAUCCGGCUGUCCCUCGCUGCUGUUUGUCCAAGUGGUCCUUGCAAGAAUUGUUCACCAUAUAAUUUUGCCCGAGUCUGUCCUAAACAGGGUAUACUAUUUCGCGCAAGUCUUUCCUAAACACAGUACAUGUCCUUUGUCCUAAACAGGGCAAGUACAGCGGCUCUCCUCUACGCAAAUAAUGAUAGAAUAUCACCCCCCCUCCCUCCCCUCCCGGGGAGAAGUGUUAAAUGUCAGCUGGUUAAAAGCCGAAAUUAUAAUUCAAGUUUUUCUUUCUUGUUUAUUAUUGUUUUCUAGCGUCUGUGAAUACUUACAGUGCCACUUCCAAGUCGUUUAUUUUCUCCCUGGUGGACAAGGAAGGACUUGCACCAUUUAAGAGCAUGGUAAAACAAGCCGAUUCAUCACAUGCAAUUUUCCGUUAUUCAAGUUACGGUCCAACAUUUGGUUGUGGGCAUGACAUAUACAUUGCUGAUAAUGCCAAUCAGAAUACUUAUUCCUUUACUAAGUUUGGCACUGCUUACUCUCCUCCAAGUGGAGUUUCAGACCUUUAUACAAUCCUGGCUGGAGCCUUGUACUUCUCACCUGACGAAGUUGAGGUAUUUUAUCUCGCUUGA